AUGACUAUGUUACCACCAAUUUGGGGUGGCGAUCUUAUUGCUAACUGGUUUGCUGGUUCGCAACAUCAGGUUCGGCAAUCAAUUGAACUACGAACACCUCGUGAUGUUUUCACGUAUCCUGAAGAUCAACGUCGAAACAAAGCACUUGAUAGUCAAAUUCAGCUGGUGGUGCAUAAUUUCUACAUCAGUGACGAAAUUAGUCGUGAAAAGUCAUGUAAGAAGCAGGUCAUCCAUCCAUUGCCAUCUAAAAAUCUAGUUCCUUUACAUUUUCUUCAUUUAACUAUUGGAGAAACAUUUGAACAAUUUAAAUUGAAAUAUCCUAACAUUGAAAUAAGUUGA